CUCAUUUUACACUAUAAAAGUCACACAGACAUGUGGCACAGAUCAACAACUCCUUACAGAUCCAGAGGUGCAUCAUCAGCUACAGACCAAAAGGCAAUAUGGAAACUGUCGCAUCCCUCUUGCAGGUGUUGUGUUACCUGGUUAUUGCUCACGCCUGGACCUGCACCGUUCCUCCCCAGCAGCAUCCUGCCAAACAGAUAGAUGCUGGCCAAGGGAUGGUUAUCAUGACAGAUAAGAAGAACGGGGCUUACACCCUCAGUGGAUCGACUUGGCGAACCCUGGGAACAGUCCCGCUGAAGCAUGUCUCUGCAGGACCUCAGGGAAUCUGGGGUGUUGACGCCUCAAACAAAGUCUACAAAUACGUCGCUGGUGACUUUGUUCCCUCUGAAGGUCGGUCUAUGCAGCAGGUGGACGCUGGAGGAUUAGGGGUGCUAGUGGGAAUCUCUCCUACUAGCUCUAAGAACAUUUUCCUUCUGACGAGUACCGAGGCCUUAGCCUUCUCUCACACCAGCUUUCUGAACUGGGUCUUGGUGUCAGGUAGUCUGAUCUACAUCAGCUGUGGCCCAUAUGGAUGCUGGGGAACCAAUUCAGCCAACAAUAUCUACCUCACAAAGAAAAUAGCACCAAGCACCUCUGGAGACAGUGGUUGGGUGCAGAUAGAGGGGUGGGCGAUGAUGGUGGAAGUUGGGACUGAUGGAAGCGUCUUUGUAUUGAAUGCAAAAGGCGAAAUCUUCCAAAGAACUGGCAUCUCCAGCGCUGGACCACAAGGCACAGGCUGGAUCCAUAUACCCAUGGGCGCAAAGAUUAAACACUUGACCUAUGACCUCGGACAACUGUGGGCAAUCACCGAUGGUGGUGUUAUUUUGAAGUGCACACAAUAAUGUGUUUGCUGUCGUAGUGGUGACAGUAUGGUUACUCGUUUUUGUCAACUUGAAAGAAAAUCAAUGUUUGAUUUCACUUAAAGCAAUUAUGGUCUGUGAUGUUCAGUUUUCUUUUUUUCUUUUUUAACUGAUGCUCAAACGUCAAACGUGUAUAAAACUGUUCCUUCUGUUUUUUGGUAAUAAAAAAGUUAUUCAGCA